GUCACAUGGCUUGCCUCUCACGUGACUCACUUGUUGCUCCCAGACUGAAUUCGUGGCAUCCCUAUAGGAAUGAGGAGCUGUGGACUUCCUGCUCAGAAAACAAGAGAUUGUAUUUGAAAAACUAGUGGUGGGACCAGUGUCUGCUUCUGCUUCAUCUCAAUUGCUGAGACGUACCCAGGAGGAGGAAAAGGUAUCCGUUUUGCUUCCAGGAAAGGAUGCAACAAAGCACAGAGAACACUGAGGCAGAGGACAGCCGGGAGUUGGAUCAGGAAGAUGCUGCCCCUCUGCUCAACCAGGAGUUGUUCCUUAGGAAAGAUUCAUCAAGCCAGGAGGGAAGAGGCACCUUCCAGGUUAAUCUGCAGCCUCCCUGACAGUCUCCGGCUUGUUGUGAUUUUACCCACACCAGGCUUCUGCUCAGCUCGAUACAGUCUGGCUCUCAUCCUGCACCUCUCCCUCUUCAUGGUGUAUGCGCUCCGGGUCAACCUCAGCAUCACCAUCAUAGCAAUGACGAAUGGCACCAGCCCAGGCAGCCUGCCCAAUGUCUCCAUGGACGUGUGCCCCAAUCACUCACACGCUCAGCCCAACGGCUCACACCGAGAAUUCCCCCAAGGAGCCCCCGUGUAUGACUGGAGCUCUAAAACCCAGGGCAUCAUCCUCAGUGCCUUCUUCUAUGGUUACAUCGUCACCCAGCUCCUCGGCGGAUACUGGUCGGGAAUGUUUGGAGGGAAGAUACUGCUGGGCUGUGGGCUGCUCUCGACCUCGGUUUUCACCCUUCUUAUGCCACUCGCAGCCAGCCUUGGAGCGGCAUACCUCAUUGGGCUGCAGGCACUGCUGGGCAUGGCAGAGGGGGUGAUAUUUCCAGCCCAGUACACACUGUGGGCAAAAUGGGCUCCGCCCUUGGAACGCAGCAGGCUCAUGAAUCUUGCUGACGCUGGGUGCACUUUUGGGACCUUCACCACCUUCCCUGUGGCUGGGAUCAUCUGCCAGUACCUUGGGUGGCCUUACGUCUUCUACAUCUUUGGUGGUAUUGGCUGCGUUUGGUGUGUGUUCUGGUUCCUUCUCGUCUAUGAAGAUCCUGCAUCUCACCCUUGUAUUAGUGCCAGUGAGAAGGAGCACAUUGUGUCAUCACUGGCCAACCAGGGCAGCUCCCAUGGACGAUGCCUUCCACUCCUGGCCAUGAUUAAAUCGCUGCCUUUAUGGGCCAUCGCAGUCGCCUAUCUCUGCAAUGACUGGCUGUUCUACAUGCUGCUGACGUCAAUGCCAAUGUACAUGAAUGAUGUGCUCCAUUUUGACAUCAGAGAGAAUGGGCUCCUCUCUGCGCUUCCCUACAUUGGGAACUGGCUGGGCACCAUCAUAUCAGGGCUGCUGGCCGACUUCCUCCUGUCCAGGCAUGUGUUCAGCACAGCAACAGUGCGGAAGCUCUUCUCGGGGCUGGGGAUGCUGCUCCCAGCCAUCUCCCUGGUGGCUGUGUCCUACGUUGGCUGUGAUUACCCAGCAGCUGUGGGCUUUCUAACACUCUCCAUGACUAUAAUCAGCAUGUGCGGGGCUGGGUUCAACAUUAACCAGAUCGACAUUGCUCCCAGAUACGCUGGGUUACUACUGGGAAUCACAAGUACCUUUGGAACCGUGUCAGGAAUAAUCGCUCCCACCGCAGUUGGAUUACUCACCAGCCAGGACCUCUUGACUGGCUGGAGGAAUGUCUUCUUCAUGACAGCAGCCCUCAAUCUGUUUGGCCUGCUGUUCUAUGUGACCUUUGGCAGCGCAACUCUCCAGGACUGGGCGAGGGAGGACACUGCUGUCCAAUGAAAUGCUAAGGCAUGCUGCCAGAGGAAGAAUAUGUAACAAGGGCAGGGGGUGAAAAACACCCCAGGGAACAUAAAUUAGUCAAGAAAUCCCUUUUCUCAUUCCAGCACUGAACACCUGAAUAACACGAUCCAUUGGUUUGCCAGACCUAAUCACCAAACUUUUGAAUUCUGUGCCCUUUUCUCACAUCCUUCCUCAGCAGGGCCAUCCUUACCUGUAUGCAGAAUAGGCAGCUGUGUAGGACACCUGAAAAUUUGGGGCACCACUGAGUCUUAAUGUUCACCCAUCCACUUCUUUCUAUCCCUGUUCUGCGGCUUUGCUUUCUCCGGAGAGAGUCUAGUUAACUUAAAAGGGGAAAAAGGCUGCCAGAGCUAUUAGCAGAACACCAAACCUGUGUCAUUUAAGUGGUAGUGAAGCCAUUUAACAGUCACUUGUCAACCCCAGGUAUAUACUAUCAUUUUCUGAAUGUACUGGGUGAAUCUAUAGGAUCUUGGUUUAAAAUUUGCUUUAACAAAAUUUCAUUAGUGUGUUACUGAAGAUUUUUUUCACAUAUCUAAAAAAUCAUUGUCGUUCCCCCUCCCCCGGCUGCCAUCAGUCAUAGGGACAGCAGCUUAAUAGUUCUAUGUAGGGCCCCCUAAAUCCUAAGGACAGACCUGUUUCUCAGCAUUCACUUGACCAAAUGAAUUUGGGAGGUAGUGUUUUCUAGUAGAUAAAUCAGUGGCUUGCACCUCGACCUGGGUUCCCAGCUCUGUCCUUGGCCUGCUUAGUGAUCUUGGGAAGUUAUUUGCCCAGAUGAUUGGAAAAAGGCAAAUAUAGUGCCCAUCUUUAAAAAGGGGAAGAAAAACAAUCCAGGGAACUACUCACCUGUCAGCCUCACCUCAGUCUCUGGAAAAAUCAUGGAGAGGAUCCUCAAGGAAUCCAUUUAGAAGCACUUGGAAGAGAGGAAAGUGAUCAGGAAUAAUCAACAUGCAUUCACCAAGGGCAACUCAUUCCUGACCAACCUGAUUGCCUUCUAUGACAAGGUAACUGUUCUGUGGAUAUGGACAAGGCAAUGGAAGUGAUAUACCUUGAUUUUAGUAAGGCUUUUGUUAUGGUCUCCGUAGUACUCUUGCCAGCAUGUUAAGGAAGUAUGGCUUGGCUAAAUGGACUGUAAGGUAGAUAGAAAGCUGGCUAGAUUGUUGGGCUCAACAGGUAGUGAUCAAUGACUUGAUGUCUGGCUGGUGGUCG